AUGUCUACAGAACCAGAACUCGAUGUCAUCGACUUUAUAUUGGAAUUCUCUUCAAUUGGGGCCUCGCGGGUGUCCUCAGUGUUCAAGUUUCAGGACCGUCUGGCUAUGAGACUCCUUGUCUACGCUCUGCUCAUUUUUGAGUGGGUCCAAACGGGACUUGUGACAGACAUCGGCAUGGAGGCGUUUGUUUAUCAUUACGGGAACCUUGAGGCGCUGGUGAACGGUUACAACGCUUGGUUUAGCACAGCAGUCAUGAGCGGCAUCGUGGCCGGGGCUGUGCAGCACUUCUUUGCAUGGCCUGGUGCCUUCGCUGCAGGUAACAAGUUGAAGAAGGCUACCUCAAAUACCGUCACAGACAGCCCGUCACUCAUUGUAAACUUGCUAACUGUCAAGUGCUUCUGCGUGCUGAUCAACACGCAGAUAUGGCUCGCUGGAAGCGCCGCUGUUGAUAUUAUAAUCGCAUGCGCUAUGAUUAUCAUCUUAUUGAGGAUGAAGGCCGGUACUGCAAACUCCGAUGCUCUCGUCAAUCGGAUCAUCCGUCUAAUUGUUGAGACUGCUGCCGUUGCUGUCGUCGACCUCGCUCUUUGCAUUGGCUACCCUGGAAAGGCCUUUUUUAGUACUCCUUACGCUAACACAUUACUUACCAAUCUCCUCGAUCGGUUCUAUACGGAACGGCCUGAGACCCAAGUCCAUACCUUCGGUACCAUCAGCCUUGCGCUGAAUACUAGACCGUCUGCUGCGGCUACUACCAGUGGCCUUACCUCUCCUCGCACAGAUCUCGAGGACCAGGUGUCAGUCGAGCAGCCAAAAUGCUUCAUACUCGAGGAGCUAGAUGGAGAGGAUGUAAAUCAUGUAUAG